UCCAGCAGCACAGCACAGCACAGUGCUUGACACAUCCCACGUGAUCUCUGAUCACAUGAUCAUGACAUCAUCAAAGGUCCUUAAGCUCACUGAGAUCUAGCGUGUUCUGUAACCUCCAGAAGCUGCAGAGCACGAGGAUGCUGCGGCACAUACAUCGUAUUAGUAAAUCUUCUCUGAGUCCUUUCCUAAACCAUGGGGUCAUAAAUCAAGCCAAUGCAAGACCAAACGACUGCAUAAACAAGAUAAAAUGGUGGAUCGCUACAAGACAAAUAUCUACAUCUCCACCAUUACAGAAAUCCCAGCAACCAGGGUCCUCAAAGGGUCCAAUAUCAUUAAGAACAAGGCUGCUUGUGAGCUGCAUUAUUGGUGGAGCGGCAGUGGGAAUCUGGCAGUAUCUGCGGUGGGAGAAGCAGGAGAAGAAGAAGCUGGAACGCAUGCAGCAGCUCCGCACCAUAGCGGUUGGUCAAGGAGACUUCAGUCUUACUAAUCAUAAAGGCCAGCCCUGCUGUAAAAAAGACUUACGAGGUAACUGGGUGCUGAUGUACUUUGGCUUCACCCAUUGUCCAGAUAUCUGUCCAGAUGAAUUGCAAAAGCUAAGUUCUGCAGUGACCCAGUUGGACAAGGACCCCACUUUGCCCCCUGUGCUGCCUGUCUUUAUUUCAGUGGAUCCAGAGCGUGAUAACGUUACGGAACUAGCAAAGUACGUGAGUGACUUCCAUCCACGUCUCGUAGGGCUGACCGGAUCCCAGGAAGAGAUCAAGGCAGUAGCCCAAGCCUACCGCGUGUACUACAGCGCAGGACCCCGUGAUGAGGAUAAUGAUUACAUCAUUGAUCACACCAUCCUUAUAUACUUGCUGAAUCCUGAUGGACUGUUCACAGACUACUAUAACCGCAGUAUAAAUGAUCAGGAAUUAGCUGAAAGCGUAAAACGGCAUAUAAAAUCCUACAAGUCAAUAUUCAGCUGACAGUGUUGUCACUCAACUAAUUCUGUUCACAAGAUUCUGGGGAUUUUCUGUUUUGGCCUUUCUUUACCCAUAAACUACACAGAAAUUUCAUUUUGAUAUUUUAUUUUUAAAAUUAAAUUAAACUUUUUAUACCUUUACUAUCCUAUGAGAAAUCCUGUGGCUAAAAGAUGGCAAUAAAAAAGACAUGAUUGAAAAUGCUUCAGUGCAUACAUUGUGUGAAGGGCUCGUGAACACUACUGUAUGAAGCAGGGCUAUGUGCCUACGCAGAAUUCUCAAGCAGAAGUAUAGGAAAGUUGGGGGAGAAUCCAUGUGGAGGACAUGAACGAUUUGUCACCCAACUUUCCCAGACUCUUGAAUUGGAAAACUGUUUCAGUUAUGCAAUGUUAGAGAGGCAGGUUAGCCAUGACUCUGUGACUAGGUAGAAUUAUCGUGCAAGACUCUAGGAAAGCUGGAUGAAAAUGUAUAAGGGAGCUAUGAACAAGUUGGCACUCAGCUUUCCCAGACUCUUGACUGGUAAAUGUAAUGACCAUUGCAGUACAAAAGCAGUGGUCUCCA